CGGAGCUCCCCAGAUGGGGGGUUGCCAGGGACGCAGGAACGUGCAUUACUCUUGCGCCUGGCUCUCGCAUUGCGGGAAGCUCCCCACCCCCAACCAGCAGCCCAUGCCCCCUUGGGGAACUGUUGAGUCUGUGCCUUCUCCUGGGGCUGCAGGCACAAGCUGAGCUCUGCCAAGGCCAUCUGUUCUGAGGGCCCAAGACGUGCCGUCUCAGGACUCCCAGAAGGAGGUGGAAGAAAAGAGGGUCAGGGGAACCACAGAAGACUCUGGCCUGAGACUCGAGAAAUCGCUGUGAAACCUUGAGCAAGUCCUCCCCUCUCUGGGCCUUUCUGGGCCUCAGUUUCCUCCUCUGUACAACCAGGGGUUUGGACUAGGUCACGUCAGGUGGCCUCACAGCAGGGAUCCAGGACGUGGAUAAUAGAAGGAAAUGGGGAGCAGAGGGCAUCACUGAUCAACUCGGCCAGAGUGGGGUGCAGGCUGCAGAAUCGGAGGAAACGUUUCAGAUGCCUUCACCCCAGCCUGCCCAAGACCAAGGAAAGCAGCACCUCUCCCACCAGCUGCUGCUUUCAGCCCAGCCCUGGUGCAGUCCAUCAGAGUCCCCACCUCCCUGGAAGCUGUUGGGCUCCAUCUGAGAGCCAAAAGCAUCUAAAGAGAAGAGUCCCUCCCACCACUGUUUGACUCCCAUGAGGCUCUCUUCUUGCCUGGUGCUGCAGCAGGGAGGGCCCACUUCUGACCCUGAGGAGAGGCAGAGGAGAGAAGAACCCAGCCACGGCAAAGGCCAUGCGAACGGAGUCCGGCAUGUGGGGAACCCCGCCCCGAGCCUGAGCGACUCCAGUGAGGUCGAUGACCGAGAGACCGCGGGGACCAGCUCCCUGAGCAACUCGUCCCUUCAGAAUGCCACGAACCAGGACACAGACCUCCCGUCUCCUGGUCCACUGGUGGCAAACUUGGCAGUGCCCCACCCCAAAGCCAAAUAUCCCUCCGAUGCCACCAAGCAGGAUCAUAAGCCAUGUCACACUGGGGCUGUGCUGCAGCUGAAGUUUCUCAGCAGCACCUGCGCCUCUGCUGGACCAAGGUUUCCAAAAGCCAAAGUUGAGCCCUUUUCAGGACUUACUGUGUGCUGUCCCCAGGUUAGAGUGACCAGGAAAACUCCUCCACACCGGGGUCGGUCCCGUCCAGAACACUAUAGCCACAAGGACACCGUCCUCCAACCCCGUGAUGACCAGGCCCACUUUGCCAACCAUGCCGGGCUUACUGGGCUCCCCAACCAGCUAAGAGCCAGGGUCCCGGGACAUCCACCAGCAGCACUUAGGACUGAACUCUCCGGCAACAUCAUCUCCUCCACUGCUCACGAUGCCUUGUACCUGCUGCUGGCUCUGCGGGACCUGAUCCUGUUGGAGAACCAGCUGGCCGCUCUGCCCAUGCUGCCCCACAGCCUCGAGCUGCUGGAUGUCCGCCUGAAUCAGCUGAGCUCGGGGAUACAGCCUGGGGCUUUCAAGGGGAGUGGGGCCCUGGAGAAGCUACGGUUCCUCUACCUGGCGGACAUCCUGCUGGAUUCCAUCCCAGGGCCUCGGCCCCUGACCCUGUGCCUGUUACAUCUGCAGAAUAACGCGACAGACACCCGCGAAAGCGCCCUCUGCGAGGUGGAAGAGCACAGACACAGCCGCAGGCGGCUGGAAGAUGUCGGCCUGGACAGUAGCCCCACCAACCUGAGCCUUCCUGGCGCCUACUUCUGCCUGCCCCGUCUCCCCACCAGCUACUUCCCCUAG